AUGAGCGCCGACCAGUUCGCGAACGCGACGCUACUGGUAAAUGAGUUGAAAGUGGCGAUGAGAGCGGGGGAGGGCGCCAACUCGGUGAGUAACUCGGAGGACUUAGCGAGGGUGCUGGCGGAGUCGGUGAGUGAGAGCGGUACUGUAGAAACAGGCAAGGCGCUGAAGCUGCGGGCAGAGGCGCUCGAUGCAAUCAGGGAGGAAGGAAGUUCUGGUGACAGCUUCAGGCGGGAAGGAUUGAGCAAAGGUCAAGCAUGUCGGGCUGGAUGUUUAAGUCUAUUCGUUUUUUGGUCAUUUGUUUUCGAAGAACUAACCAAAUUUGAAAGCAUAAAGUGCUAAAAAUGACUUUGAAGAAGAGAAGAUGAACAGAGGCAUAAGAUCCUAUGACGAUAACACCAUCCACCAUUUUGAUUUGCAAGAGUGAAAGAAGUGAGAAAGUCAUAAAGAUCUGGAGAUUACUUACCCAAGCUUC